AUGGCAGACACCACAUGCAUCAACAACUUCAGUGCAAUUCAACUCAAUGUAAUGAACAGAUUGGACAUCACUUUCACCAACUUCUGGCACAAGCUGGAUCAAAAACUGCAUCAGCCUACCCAAACACAAGUGAGUGAUCAUUCUCAAACUGCGGCUCCAGUGAUCCAGAGCUCCCUAAAAUGGCAGAAGAGCACACGAAAACCCUCACUCCUGCUUAAGGUGACACAGAGGCAGGCUUUGAAGCGCUCUACUGCUGCACCACGAGAGGAGAUUGCACAACUGGGCAAACUCCAGACCCUUGUCUUUGAAUGUACCAGCACAUCCUCAACCGAACUCAGAUGCUUGCAGCAUUCCUUCUUGAUGCGGGACUGUGUUCUGUCCCUGAAGGGUAUAGGAUGA